CUUAGAGGAGUGAAGUUACAAUUUUCUCAACAACUUUGAUAAGGUCGAAAGACCUUCCCUACAAAUAGCUGGAAACACUUGCAAAACAAAAGAGCACUACAGAAACCAAAAGAAAAUAUGGGUUCUGAAAGCUGCAUGAAGCUCCCAGUCAUAGAUUUCUCCAACUUGAAACAAGACAGUAGAACUCCAACAUGGGAAUCCACGAAAACCCAGGUCCGGGCAGCCCUGGAAGAAUACGGCUGCUUUGAGGCUGUAUUCGAUCAGAUUCCUCCUACUCUCCGACAAUCGACAAUCGAUGGAAUAAAACAGCUCUUUGAUCUCCCUUUACAGACCAAACUACGAAACAGGUCCAACAAGCCUUACCAUGGCUACGUUGGCCAAUAUCCCAUUGUUCCGCUGUACGAGAGCUUGGGAAUUGAAGAUGCUCUCUCCCCUGCAAAAGUCGACAGCUUCUCAAAUCUCAUGUGGCCUGAAGACGGCAAUCCCACUUUUAGCAAGAGCAUAGCGUGUCUCUCGGAGCAGUUUUCGGAACUGGACAAGGUUGUGAGGAGGAUGGUUGUGGAGAGCCUGGGACUGGAGAAAUACAUGAAUGAGCACAUGGAGUCGACAGACUAUCUUGUUAGGGUUCAGAAAUAUGAUGGGCCACAAAGCGCUGAGUCGAAGAUUGGAUUGACAUCGCACACGGACAAGAACAUCGUCACCAUAUUGCAUCAGAACGAGGUCAAAGGUUUGGAAGUGCUCACCAAAGAUGGACAGUGGAUCGCUGCUGACCCCUCACACAACUCUUUCAUUGUCAUGAUUGGAGAGUCUUUCUAUGCAUGGACAAAUGGGAGGCUGCAUCCUCCGUAUCACAGGGUGAUGAUGAGAGGGGACGAAGCACGGUACUCGAUCGGAUUGUUUUCGGUUCCUAAAGCCGGGUACAUAAUCAAGGCUCCAGAGGAGCUGGUGGACGACGAGCACCCCUUGCUCUUCAAGCCAUUCGACCAUGUUGAGUUUCUUGAUUUUUACUACACCGAGGCCGGGCAGAGAUCCCCGGCCGCUCUAAAGGCUUAUUGCGGAGCCUGAAACAUGUAGACUAUUUUCAUUUCUCAGACAUAUAUAGUUUGUUUAGUUUUAAUGAACGUGUGUGUGUCUGUGUUUUUGUGUGUGCAUGAGGGUCUAUGUUUGCCUUGAAACAUUAUGAUAUGCUGUUCCCGUAGCUACUCAUAUAAUUUCUUUGUAUUUGUUAAGGUGAAA